GUCCGAUGAAAACCACGUAUGUCCAUUUUGCCGAUUUUGAGAUUUUUCGACGGAUCGAAUGUCCAGGUUCAUUUCCGUAUACAGCAUGCUUCACAUAUCUAAAUGGCCAAUGAAAAGUUGUGAAAUCAUGUCAUCUGAUUUUCACGUAUAUCCAUUUGGUGUCAAAGCUGUCAAUCACCCCGCGUAUCUCCCGCCCUGUGGAAGCAUCUCGCUGGUCUCGUGAAGUUUCAAGCUCAGUCAGCACUGGAUAGCCGAUUAACACUGUGAGGUAAAGUAUCAGCAAACGUUUGUUUUUGACAACUGUUCUCAAGUUUAUUAUAUAUUCACAACUAUUAUUUAUCGGUAAAUGGUCUAGACGAAUUAAUUGUCACCGAAUAUUUUUUUUAUUUUUAUGAACCUGGCUGACGAAAGUACGAUAUUGAAGCUCUCCACAGUUUAAGUUAGUUCUAAUCUAGUUCUUCACAGAUUAGUUUGCUUGCUAGUAUGUAAAUAAACUCGGUCUCAUUGAUAAGAUUCAAACUUUUUUUUUCUUAGUCAAACUGAUCAAAUUAUAGCCUGUAAUGCUACUGUCAUGAUUGUCAGUGACUAGAACAUGCCUCACUCAUACUGCUAUCACCGCUUGCCAGGGGCUGAAAAUGUCCAGUACUAGAGUUAUCUUGCUACGUUUUUAUUGUGAAGAUGUUAACGCACGGAUUUCCGAAGUGAAGUGAAACAAUGUUGACUGGGCAUAGCGCUAUAUUUUUUCUGAUCUGUUUUUCUCCCUUCCUUCAGGAUGUCUGUCUCUGUAAAGGAGCUGUGUGAAUUGAUGAACGUCAACUAUGAUAGGGCUGUUAUUGAGGCGAUUGCGAGGGUCAACAAUGAGGAGGAAGAUUCACUUGAAAGUGACAGUUCUCAGACAGCUGCCAAUGAGGAUUCUCUGGAAAGUGAUAAAGAAAAUCAUUCCGAAAUAGCUGCCAGUGAGGACCCACUUGAACACGAUCCAGAAAAUGAGCCGGAUUACACACUUGUCAAUGAAGGUGCCAUUGAUAAUCGGGGAAGGUCAAAGAAGAGGACCAACCCAGACACUUGGAAGGGUAACAUCCAGAAAAGGAAAAGAAUGAGGGGCCAAUUUUAUCUUGGACGGAAAAAAAAUGAAUUUGUCAUCAAAGAAGAAAGAAAAAUGGGCGGCCGGUGCCAAUCUGUGUCCUGCAAGAAAUCAAGCAAACUACACUGCUCCGAAAUUGAUGAAGGGAAGAGGGAGGAAAUUUUCAAAUAUUUUUGGGGGAAAUUGGAAUGGAAAGAGAGGAGAAUGUAUGUGAAAACAUCGGUGGAGGUGAGUGAUGUCAAGCGGCGCCGAACAGAAGCGGUUCAAUCUCGGAGGUCAGCAUCUCUCUCUUGUUGUUUAUGUGUAGAUGGUAAAAGGCUCAGAGUUUGUCAAAGGAUGUUCCUGUCUACACUUGGCAUCAAGCAGUGGACUUUUUUAAAAUGGGUUGGGCGAAGAGGGGAAAGUCCUGAGAAGAUGACGAGAGUGACUGUAAGGACAGAGGAGCAGGACUUCCUAAAGACCUUCCUUCUGGAUUUGCCAAAAGUUCCAUCGCACUACUGCAGGUCCUCCUCAUCAAAGAUGUACCUGGAGCCUUUCUUCAAGUCCAUCAGUCAUCUCCACACACAGUAUAAGCAAUCAUGUGCAGACCACAGUAUCCAGCCUCUGUCACGGCAAGUAUUCACUAACACCUUCAACGAUUUAAAUCUUUCUCUGUUCCAUCCGAAGAAAGAUCAGUGUGACACUUGCUGUGCCUUCAAAGCCGGGAACAUCGAGGCUGCCGUGUGGGAGGAACACUGUGUUAAAAAGGACGAUGCACGAGCAGAAAAGGUAAAGGACAAACAACUUGCAAACAACACCACCUUGGUUGCAUGCAUGGAUCUGCAGGGCCUUCUCCUGUGCCCAAAGCUUCAAGCGUCUGCCCUGUACUACAAAAUGAAGCUUGGUGUCCAUAAUUUUACCAUCUACAAUAUGGCAUCACAUGAAGCAAAAAAUUACCUUUGGCAUGAGGGUGAAGCUGGGGUCUCUGCCAACGAAUUCGCCUCCUGCAUUGUGGAUUACCUUGAAGCACACCCCACUUACAAUGAAUUCAUCCUUUGGAGUGAUGGGUGUGGCUAUCAAAACAGAAAUCUGGUCCUGAGCAAUGCCCUCUUAAAGUUUGCUACUGAGAAAAAGAAACGUGUGACACAGAAGUACCUUGAAAGAGGUCACACACAAAUGGAAUGUGACUCUGUGCACAGUGUGAUUGAGAGGAAGUUGAGAAACCGUGACAUACAUGUUCCAGCUGAGUAUGCUGCAGUUAUCCGAGGAGCUCGUUCCAGUCCAAAACCAUACGAGGUGAAGUAUGUUGGUUACAGCUUUUUCCAAGACUUCAGCAAAGUCAACAUCUGUAAGUCAAUCCGACCUGGUAGCAAAGUUGGAGAUCCUACGGUGCAUGACCUUCGAGCAGUCAGAUACAAUGUGGAUGGCAGUAUGGAGUUUAAAUUACUACACUCUGACAACUGGCAACCCUUCACAUCCCCAUCCCUGAGGAAGACGUGUGUCAUCGUGGCCCCACUCUAUACAUCCGCCCCAAAAAUUAAAGCCCUGAAGUUCAAGCACCUUCAAGAACUGAAACAUGUUUUACCCAAGGACUUUCAUCCAUUUUACAAUGCACUUGACCAUGAGUGAUGCAAUUUUACUACGUGGAUGAAUGGGCUGUCCUGACUUACUGGUUAAUUUAUUAAUUAAAUGUUCUAUUUAUUGUGUAUUGUCAUGUAAUUGUUUAUUUGCAUGUUUUAAAAUGACUUUGUCUUAUCUGUUGAAAUUUUUGGAAUUCCUAUCAGCCAAUUCUGAUCAGAAAGACAUGAUUCAAAUCUUGCAUUAAAGGGAUAGUUCACCAUAAAAUGACAAUUCUGUCGUCAUUUACUCACCCUC